CUUCUUAAUGUCAACUGACAACUACUGUUAACUUGAUUUAAAAAGUAAAUAAAUAAUCUUAGUUUUUCACUACAUCUAGUAGAAUAAUAAAAUGUACAUUAGCAAAAAAUGCAAAUUUUGAGUAGAAAGUCAUUUCUGACAAUAUAUUUAACCGUAAUAAGGCCGUAUUUUGUUGCAGCUCAAGCAAAUAUGUCUUCAGGGACUAUCGACGCAGACAAAUACUCAGUGGCAUAUGUGACUGUGCCCAGCCUGGAAGUGGGUAAGACCAUUGGUCAUGGAUUGGUGAAGAACAAGCUUGCGGCAUGUGUCAACAUCAUACCCCAGGUCACUUCUAUUUAUGAAUGGAAAGAUGAAAUUAAUGAGGAUAAUGAGUUACUCCUGAUGAUUAAGACCCGUACCUCACAAGUUGACAAGCUGUCUGAAUUUGUACGCUCCAACCACCCGUACGAGGUUUGCGAAGUCAUAUCUCUACCCAUCAAAAAUGGGAACCCACCAUAUUUGAAAUGGAUAGGUGAAACAGUGCCGGAAAAAUGAGUCAAGUAAAUAAAAAUACUAAGUAAAUAAGCCAAA